AUGCCCAACGGUCCACCUACCCUACCUUUCAUUGGAAACAUCCACCAGAUCACCAAGAAGUACACCCAUAUCAAGUUCACCGAAUGGGCCGCCCAGUAUGGAGGAUUGUUCAUGCUCAAGAUCGGGAAUGGCAAUAUGGCCGUUAUUACCGAUCGCCGACUAGUCAAAGAAGUCCUCGAUCGCAAGAGUGGCAUCUACAGCCACCGGCCCCAUUCCUUUGUCUCGCACGAUCUCAUCACCAAGGGUAAUCACCUACUGGUCAUGCAUUAUGGCGACCAGUGGCGAACCUUCCGACGACUGGUUCACCAACACCUCAUGGAGACCAUGGUGGAAAAUCACCACACCGAGAUCGUCAAUGCCGAAGCCAUACAGCUAGUUCGAGACUAUAUGGUCGACCCGGAACACCAUAUGGCCCAUCCCAAGCGGUACAGUAACAGUAUCACCAACUCGAUCGUAUUUGGAAUCCGCACGGCCAACCGGGAGGGAUCCAACAUGCGACGGCUUUACAAACUCAUGGAGGAAUGGUCGGAAGUGAUGGAAACAGGCGCAACACCACCAGUAGAUAUGUUCCCCUGGUUGAAACUGCUGCCACAGGGGCUGUUCAACAACUAUAUCAACCGGGCCAAGGCCAUCGGCGUGCAGAUGGAGACCCUCUACGUCGAUAUCCUGAAAAAGGUGAUCCAACGGCGGGAAGAUGGCCACAACAAGGGUACCUUUAUGGAUAAGGUCCUGGAUAGCCAGGAGAAACAUAAUCUCCCCUGGCACCAGCUGGCCUUCAUCGGCGGCGUUCUGAUGGAAGGGGGCUCGGACACUAGCUCCAGUCUUACCCUGGCUAUUGUGCAAGCGUUGAUCCAAAACCCCGAUGUGCAGCGAAAGGCCCAUGCUGAGAUUGAUGCCGUGGUCGGCCACAACCGGUCGCCUGUUUGGGAGGACUUUGAGAAACUUCCUUACAUCAACAUGAUCGUUAAGGAAGGUCACCGUUGGAGGCCAAUACUUCCACUCUGUUUUCCUCAUGCACUAGGAGAGGACGACUGGGUCGAUGGCAAAUUCCUUCCCAAAGGCACGAUAGUCGUGAUCAACACCUGGGGGAUGCACAUGGAUCCAUCCCAACCCGAUGACCCAGCUGCUUUCAUUCCCGAGCGCUUUGCCAAACAUCCUCAAUUGGCUCCCGACUAUGUGCCGGGGACAUGGGAGCGUCGCGAUCACUACGGCUACGGGGUUGGACGCCGGAUCUGUCCUGGCAUCCAUCUGGCUGAGCGCAACAUGUUCCUGGCCAUUGCUAAACUGCUGUGGGCAUUUGAUUUCCAACCGGGAGAGGGCCCGAUGGAUAGUGAUCCGGUGACUGGGUACCAUAACGGCUUCCUUUACUGUGCCAAAGACUACCCUUGUCGACCUGUAGUACGCAACGAGGUCAUUCGGGCUACGAUUGAGAGGGAAUAUGCCACUGCGACUGCGGAUGUGUUUUCUCGGUUUACUGAGGGAUAG